UAUAGGAGCCUCAUAUGGAAGCCCCCGCCGCAUUUCGACAGAAGAAUCCCUGGCUGGGUGACGGGCUAUGUUCGGCGCUUCUGGCAGGAUCAUCGGGGAACGCCAGAAGCCCCCGGGCGGGUGGUCACGCUCAUUGAACGCUCCCACUGGGAACAGCUCACGGAUCACCAUGACUCUGCCCCUGACAAGGUAUGGGGCGUAGCUUAUCGGAUUCACCCCGACCAUGUCGCGGAGGUCAAGGAGUAUCUCGAUAUCCGCGAGAUCAACGGCUACUCCAUCCACUACACGCCUUUCCACCCCGCCGAUGGCUCCCCGCCUAUUCAGACACUCGUCUACAUCGGCACGCCCGAUAACGAGCAGUUUGUCGGCCCCCAAGAUCCUCAGCAGCUCGCCGAGCACAUCUUGCGUAGUCGUGGACCCAGUGGGCUGAACAAGGAUUAUCUCUUUGGCCUGGAGGCGGCCUUGGCUGAGCUGUGCCCAGAGAGCGAAGAUGUCCACGUUAGCGAUCUCGCACGCCGCGUGAGG